UAUAUUAACCAUGCAAUGAAAACAAAAUUAUGUUGGAACACACGAUACAGCACAACCUGCGUGACUGGUCUGCUAAAGAGUUGCUCUGCGCCCGCGCAACACCGGCCGGCGGCCGCGCCCCCAUUCGUCGCGAUGGCGCUCCGCUCGCAACUCCUGCGCAACUGUCUCAAUGGCACUGUCCAGUCUCGUUCUUUCCACGAGCUGCAAAAGGAACGCGCAGGAGUCGCCACGUUACGGGACGUGCUUGAGGAUCGGUUACGGGAGAUAAAACGCGCCAAAACAUGGAAACACGAGAGGAUUAUUACUUCUCCUCAAGAUACAAAGGUGACAGUGAAAGGUGCUGAAGGCGAGUUCCUGAAUUUCUGCGCAAACAACUAUUUGGGACUAUCUAAUCAUCCGGAGGUGGUAGAGGCUGCCAGAGAAGGCUUGAAGAAUUAUGGAGCCGGACUCAGCUCGGUCCGGUUUAUUUGCGGCACACAAACUAUACAUAAGGAACUAGAACAUCGCCUAGCCCAAUUCCACAACCGCGAGGAUGCGAUCUUAUAUGGGUCGUGUUUUGACGCGAAUGCUGGUCUAUUCGAGUCCAUGCUUACCCCAGAAGACGCGGUCUUCUCUGAUGCCCUUAACCACGCCUCCAUCAUCGAUGGCAUCAGACUCUGCAAGGCGCAGAAGUUCCGUUAUCCCCAUAGAGAUUUGAAUGAAUUGGAGCACCUCCUAGCUCAUAGUGAAGCAAGGAUCAAGCUGAUAGUGACAGACGGUGUGUUCUCAAUGGACGGUACUGUAGCACCGCUAAAGGGUCUCCGUGACUUGGCAGACAAGUACCGCACCCUAUUGGCUGUGGACGACAGCCAUGCCACUGGAUUCUUUGGGGAAACUGGACGAGGUACUGAAGAAUACCUUGGCAUAAUGGGUGCAGCGGACAUCAUCUGCUCGACCCUCGGCAAGGCAGUGAGUGGAGCCGCUGGUGGCUACACGACAGGGCCUAAGGAACUCAUCACUUUACUGAGAAACGUGUCUAGACCUUACCUAUUCUCCAAUGCACCGCCACCGCCUGUCGUCUGUGCGUCGAUUAAGUCUUUAGAUCUAGUAGAACAUAGCGGGGAGCUCCGUCAACGUCUCAGGGAGAACACGCGCGCCUUCCGCGAAGGUUUGAAGUCAGCUGGUCUGACGGUGGCUGGAGACGACCACCCCAUCUGUCCCGUCAUGGUGGGCGAGGCACCACUCGCCGUCGAACUCGCUUCUAAUAUGCUUAAGCGCGGUAUCUACGUGGUAGCGUUCAGUUACCCGGUAGUUCCGAAGGGCGCAGCGCGCGUGCGCGUGCAGCUGAGCGCUGCGCACACGCAGGAGGACGUGGCGCGCGCCGUGCAAGCAUUCGCUGACGUCGCUAAGGAGAUAGGCAUCGUUAAAGCGUAGUACCAUAGGUACGGUAAUCGAUCUCUAGGCUUGACGUAGAAUUAAUUUCUGAUUUUUAUUAUUUACUACAAUAAAUAACCGGUAUUUCUUCUACCCCUUUCUGGAGAUUUCAAAGAUGAAAUGAUUAUACAUAAGUAUGAUAAUCCAGAAGCAGUAUAGCAUAUUAUUUUGUUAAAAACAUAAUUUGAACAAACUUAAUGUCUAGUUAUUUGGCCAGUGACCUUGAGAUCGAUCCUUCGCUUGCUUAUAUCUCAGCAGACGUCCUUAUGUAAUAUUUGUAAAUAUCAAGAUUGCUUAUGUUUGUGUAUGUAUGAAAAUAGGACUGAAUCAAUAAAUGUUUUACUGUUAUUGCA